CCGUCCCAAAUUCGCGUAAAUGAAAGAACCACCUUCCUAUCCCUUUCAUCACUGUUGCCCUAUAAUAUAUUUUCGCAUUGCCUCGCCUCAUUGUUGGUAUCACCCAACCAACACAAAAAACUUGGAUGCCACUAACUGGCUAAGUCUUUCUCUUUCGCUGCUGCAAUAACUAAACAGAUAAAUGAACACUUUCAGACUGGCUAAACCUUGCCGCUCCACGGGAGGAGAAAUCACCCGGUAGAGCUUUUCCGAUUCGAAACAGGCGUCUUAACACCCUAACCACUAGACGCAUGUGAGCUGAUCAAAUAACCAUAUUUGCUGCCCCUACACGCUCGAUGGGAAGAUCUAAUUAACAUUCCUUGCAUAGUAGAGAUAGCACUUGCGAUAUGAUAUAUAGGUAUAAGGAGAAUACCCAAAACAGGGCAGUGAAUAAGUCUAGUAGCAGACUUUCGAUCCAUAAUCAUAUAUAUAUUUAUCAGCCAUAGCAACUGCUAAACGAUCUGAGAUGAUGAUGGCUCAAAAGGUGAGGAUGUUACUCGGCAGCAAAUAUGAAGCAAAAUGGGACAAGGCAGCCGUGUGUAUGAAAUGAGCAGCUCAUGAGGUUAAAGAUACUCAUAUUGACCAGAAAUAGUUUUCGCGACUGAACAAAAAACAUUUCCUCUACUGCCGCACGACCCCUACAAGGAGCAAAUGCAUCAAAAGCAAAUGUAGUGUAUAUGAAGAGAUCCCCACGCGAAUUCCAGAAUAAGAUGCGAGGUAUUGUAUCGUCGCGUCGUCGCGUCAUCAUACCGUCGCGUCGUCGCGUCAUUAUAUCAGCGCGUCGCCGGAUAAAUUAGAUCGGUAAUGAUCCACGCGUCUAGCUGUAGACGCGUAUUGAAUCGGAGAUAUAUACAGAGUACAUCCUCGUUCUAUGCGGUUCAGUAGACUUCCCGUGUCCGUAAGAUGACCGGAAUCCUGUUGGUAAAACUCGGGGAAGGCCCGUACCGAUGCUUAGUGUGACAUGGAAUAACGGGGCAGAUAAUUGAACCAGCCGGAUGUAAAGUCGUUCUUCCUAGUUAAGACUCCAACUCUGGAGCCGAUGAUAAGUUAUGGAUUUGGAAGUCGUCAAUAUGACAAAGCUAUCGUCGAAUAGAAAGGGCGCUAGACCCCGCUUCUUGGUGCAAUGAAGAAGACGCGAUAGUAGGACGACUUUCCAGAUGCACCUGUAAACACUGCGUACAUAUCGCUUCGGGGUGUCGGCAACUCCUUGAUGAAAAGCUGUGCCCUUAUUGUCCACAUGCCAUGGUACCUUAAUUGUGUUCGGAAGUAGCUGAAAACGGGGUGCCAAGGUUGUGGACAUGUACUCAGGAGUUCUACUACCCUGGUAAACGAACAGUAUCUACGCCUAUUAUCAUGCCUGACAACAGUUUUGAGAUUCUAGACUCGAAAGAUCUGUAAGGAUUGUCAUAUUGCAUUACCGGCCUUGAAAACUUUUGAAUCCGCCCAGCUCGAAGUAUCAUCAUCGAUGAUAAAAGGGGAAUAAGAGCAUGUUUCUCAUGCCGUUUGCUUGGCGAAUCCAAUUGGGCAAGUAGGGGCAAAUCGGUGAGAAACGAAUUAGAAUAAACCCACGGGAUUUGCCUGUUCAACUGCCUCUUAUCGACAUCAUUUCGUGGGCAAUACCGCUUCAAAUGCCGAGGUUUCUAUGACUGCGCAGCUGUGCAGGCUUCGAAAAAGCAUUACGCGCUGAAUGAUCAAGCGAAGGUAAGAUCUUGCGUCGUGGUACCGUUCCAUUAUUGGUAUGCAUUAUAUAUCAAGUAUCACAGCAGAUACUAAAGGAGUCUAGAGGCGACAACGUGGUCUGAUUGUACGUUGACUAUGUCGUCUCUGGAUUCCUAGUUGCCAGUUCUCGUAGAACUAUUAUGUAAGAUCUUAACAUGGCCUCUCGAGAAUAUGAUACAUCUCUUCAUAGUUUGACAUUUCGUGAUCAUAGAGGAAAGAUGGCUCAACACGGAAACCGGAAGUCAAUGAAUGUCAUGUGCGCCAAGAUAUCAUGGAAAAAUUUAGAUUCUCGUUGGCCCAAGUACGUUAUUACUGUUGAUUCAUUCCUUUCACCCCCACGCCCUUUUACUGAAUCUCAACAAGAAACGGUUAUCCAAACAUGUUACCAACACCAUGAUCUUGGAUACUUUGUAUCAACCACAGGUGAACUAAGCCUUCUGGGCACUGAUCUUACAUUGCCAGGGUCCUUCAACCCCGCAAUCUUUUAUGUUCGAGGUCAUUAUACCAUAUCAGCAGACAUUUUACUUUGCAGCGACAAGUACAAAUCAAUGAGAGGCCAAUAUACGUACAUUCAUACAUACAUCUGGAAGGAAAGAGAGGCAAGCCCGUCUAUAGGUGUGCUUUCUUUAGCCCAAUAGAGCUUUUGGCCAAAAGUUAAGGGCUCAGCUCUGAUUAUUGUGGUGUGGUUGGGUGCUGAGUGAGACUGUUCUGAACCUCCAGCUCCUGCUGGCUUUUGUUUCUUUAUUUUGCCAUCAAUCAAGAUUCAGAAAUUGCUAACGGCCAAAUCCGUUGCAGUCCUGUUCCAUUGUCGUACUCGGAGUGGUGGAAAGCCUCUCCAGGUCAUGAUGCAAAUAAGCAAUUGUGAUUUGCAAGAAAUUAUUGGACAAACACCUUCAUUUGUUGAACUAUCAUGUAUGCGGUGAGGAGAGGUCGUCUAGGAGGGAGCAAGGAGCGCCCAACAUGUAAUGGAAUACGGGUCAAGAGAUUGCACUUUCUCUCUUCCUUACAUUUCAUCUCUUGGCAAGCAGACAUAACCAAGAAAGGCUUCUUUACCAUUCUUAAUCGAAUGCAAAAUACAACGUCGCUGA